AUGGGCAAAGAGGCGGGGCUGGCGGCGUUCGUCGCCUUGAUGCUGGCGCUGCCGAUGGGCGGCUUCAGGACCACCGAAGCCGUCACCGGGCUCAGCCUUGAGUUCCGACCCCUCUUCGUCAUUGUCCCCGUGGCGUUUGUGUUCCUCGGCCGCAUCGUGCUGAUCGUGCUGCGCGAGCGCCGCGGCGGCCUGCCUCGCGGUGACGGCGGCCCUGGCUUGAUGGACCGCAUCGCACGCGGCGCCUCGCAAGGUUCCACAACCAUCGGCAUCGUCAUUCUGGCCAUCGCCAUCGUCAUGCCGUUCAUGCCGUUUUCCAACCGCUACCUCAUCGACACGGCAACCACCGUCCUCAUCUACGUCAUGCUCGGCUGGGGGCUGAACAUCGUGGUCGGUCUGGCCGGCCUGCUGGACCUGGGCUACGUGGCCUUCUACGCGGUCGGCGCCUAUUCCUACGCCCUGCUGUCCACGGAAUUCGGAUUGUCCUUCUGGAUUUGCCUGCCCCUGGCCGGCGUGUUCGCGGCCCUGGCGGGCGUGCUGCUCGGCUUUCCGGUGCUGCGGCUGCGCGGCGACUACCUGGCCAUCGUGACGCUCGGCUUCGGCGAGAUCAUCCGGCUCAUCCUGCUCAACUGGUACGAGGUCACCAACGGCCCCGACGGCAUAUCCCGCAUCCCCCGCCCGACCUUUCUCGGCCUUGAAUUCACCCGCCGUCCGACCGAGGACAUCACGGCGUUUCAUCAAUACUUCGACAUCCCCUACUCCGGCGAGCACCGGGUGAUCUUCCUGUAUUUCCUCAUCCUGGGGCUGGCCCUGCUGACCAACUUGUUUACCCAGCGCAUUCGCAAGCUGCCCGUCGGGCGCGGCUGGGAGGCGCUGCGCGAGGACGAGAUCGCCUGCCGGUCGCUCGGCAUCAACCCGACCAACACCAAGCUGACGGCCUUCGGCCUGGGGGCGCUGUUCGGGGGGUUCGCGGGCGCCUUCUUCGCCACCCGGCAGGGGUUCAUCAGCCCGGAGAGUUUCACCUUUAUCGAGUCGGCCAUCAUCCUGUCUAUCGUCGUGCUGGGCGGCAUGGGCAGCCAGCUCGGCGUGGUGCUGGCGGCGACGCUGCUGAUCGUCCUGCCCGAGUUGGGCCGCGAGCUGGCGCAGUUCCGCAUGCUGGUGUUCGGCGCCGCCAUGGUGGGCAUCAUGGUCUGGCGCCCGCGCGGCCUGCUGGCCCACCGCGAGCCGACCCUGCUGCUCUACGGCAGGGGACGAGGUGCGACAUGA